AUGGGGUGUGCACAGUCAAAGGUGGAUAAUGAGGAAUCAGUUUCGAGAUGCAAAGAGCGGAAAAUCUUGAUGAAAGAAGCAGUGACAGCAAGAAAUGCUUUUGCAGCUGGUCAUUCGGGCUAUGCUAUUUCUCUGAAGAAUACUGGUGCGGCUUUGAGUGAUUAUGGACAUGGAGAAGCUGAUCAUGAUUCGCAGUUUCAACAGCCUCCUUCUCUCGACCCUACAUCUCAACCCCCGCCGCCCCCGCCGCCUCCUCCUCCGUCGAUGGAUAACCUUCCUCCUCCGCCUCCGCCGCUGCCUAACUUUUCCCCCAGUCCGAUGAAGAGGGCUAUGAGUAUGCCGGAGAUUGUGAUGAAGAGGAAGGAGAUGGGUGAUUCUGUUGCGAUUGCGGAGGAGGAGGAAGAAGAGGAGGAGGAGCAGGAGGAGGUGCAAGAAUUGCGGAAUAGGAGUCUUAGUAGAAAGAAUAAGAAUUACGACAAAAGUGAGAAGGUUUCGCAGCGGGGUCCACAGGAUGAUGGGAAUGUGGGAACGGUCCAGGAGGAGGAUACGCGGCCGAGGACCCCACCAAGGACGGUGGAGAGUCAUUCCUCGGUGGUGCCACCGAUGCCGGAGGCGAAGAACAUGGCUUGGGAUUAUUUCUUUAUGAUGGAUAAUGUGACGGUUUCGUCCCUGGAGCCUGAAGAGGAUGCGAGUAGGAACGGAGGUAAUUUUGGGAAGAAUGUGGGUGUUGGGUUCGGUGGGGUUGGGGAUUUGAGGGGUGGGGUUGAUGGUGGUGAGAUUGAUGGGGUUGAGCCAAAGACGCCUGAGAAGGCGGAGGAAAAGAUGGAGCCUGUGGUGGAAGAGGAGGAGGAGGAGGAGGAAGAGGGUGUGGAGACGAAGGAAAGGAAGCAAAUUGAGCAUGCGAAAACGUCACCAUCAGAUUUUAGGGUGGUGGGGAGGAAAGUGGGUUCUGUUCCUAGUGUGAAUUUGAUGGAGGUUUUGAAUAAAAUUGAUGACCAUUUCUUAAAAGCAUCGGAAAGUGCACAGGAUGUUUGUAAGAUGCUUGAGGUCACUCGCUUGCACUACCACUCUAAUUUUGCCGAUAAUCGAGGUAUAAUUGGCUUCCACAGGUUGCUCGUGUUUGAAUCUUUUGUUUACUUGAUGUUAUGCUUUGAUUGUCUAUCAUGUGGGCGUUUAACUAUUUAUGUUUUUAACAGUAAUUUCUUGCAUACUUGA